CAGAGAGCGCUGUUAUCGCAUGUUUUGCCGUCAGCUGUCGUCGGAGGUCAACAGUUUGUCUCCAAUUUCAGUGAGUUUGAUGCAAAAUGCCGCAGCAUUGCGUUGCAUUACGUUGCAAAAACCGCUCAAAAGGACGAUCCGCGGAUGAACCGAAGAUCACCUUUCAUCGCUUUCCACAAGACAAGUCUCUUCGGAAACACUGGGUGGAGGCCAUUCGUCGAGAUCUUUGGUCACCAAGUCCUUACUCUCGCCUGUGCUCCAGUCAUUUUUCUGAUCAGGACUAUGUCCCAGACAGACAGAACCGGAUGUUAAAGUGGGGCGCCAUCCCAAGCAAGUUUGUUGGUCGGCCCGCCCAUCGUCCAAAACGGACCUCCACCAGGAGAAAAUUGAAGCGACAACGAAAUUGUAAAUCGGAAAGUUCAAGAGCUUUGGAUGAUGAUGGUCUUUCUGACCAAGCCCCGUCCAAAACGCCAACAAUCGACCCCAACUGUGUCGAUCACAACUAUGCGUACCCAAAUGAUAUUGAUCACAUUACCAAGCACUGCAAUUUUCUCCGAAAAUGUCUCCAAUCCAAGUUGGCCCAAGAGCGAAUCGUCAAAGAAAAGCUAAAGCGUUCCCGAUCUUCUGUGGCCAAAUUCAAAGAGAUGAUUGACAAACUUUGGCAAGAAGACAUCUUGUCCAGAGAAGGAGUUUAACAUGAGGACAAAUUUGGCGGUGAAGUUAUCGUAGCAAAAUAACGGUUGGUACUCUUUGUGAAUAAAAUGCUUAACUUGUAAGAGAAUAAGAUACUCGUGCAUUCAAA